UGGUCGCGUCUUGGCUACUUUACUGGAAAGCCGGGCAUGACAAUAUGCACCCUCAUGCUCAAGCUCCAGCGCAACGCAACUUCACAGAGUUUCCGAGCCCUUUCACGUAGAAUGUCAAUUCAAUGCGUCGGCCGCUACAACGCAAUUGAACUGGGAGGAAUCGAAGGACGACGACAAGAGCCUCACCUGGGCACUGAGAACCCUCCAGGAAAUCUUCGUUACGUCUAUAGGCGAAAGAUGACCUGUGCUACGGAUGAAACAGAGCUGUCUUCUUUUUCACCGAAUGGAUACUUGAUGGCGCUCCUUCGGCCUGUCGCAGACUUUUUCAACCAACUACACUCCGCUGCGGUACUCAAAACACCUAUGGAUGUCGUCAGCGUCGAACUCGGCGAUUUCGUAUAUGGGGCAACUUUUACGGCUGAAGAUUUCAAGGCUCAGAAAGUCACUGCGCCCAUCAUUGUAUCGCUGCUUGACGACUUGUUCAACGCUCACGGCGAGCUGACUCCUCUGGUUCAGUAUGCUCUCUCGAAGGCAGUGGAGUAUGCGCCAUCCGUUCCCUAUAUCAUUGUGACGAACUUCAAGGAUAUCGCCAUCUUCCCACUCCCUAGCUCGUUCCGUCCACAGUACGCCUUCAAGUUCGAGAGGGUAUCGACGGACCAACCUUCAUUAGCUCUGAGGAUCAUCUCUGCCGCAUAUCUUAGCGAUGAACUCCCUCGUGGCCGCUACUUUGACGUGCCCAGUUUCAGCAGGCCGCCAAAGGAUCUGAAUCAGCCCUUGCUGUCGGACGAAGAAGUCUUUGCAACCUAUCAUCGCAACUCCGAUUUCGACAUCGCAACGUUGGUACGAGACCGCGCGAGGGCCCUGCAAUUCUUCCGUUGGCGUACACACGUGCAAGGGCAAUACACCAAGCUUGUAGCUCAUCGUAGUGACGCUCUCACAGCUGUCACAAACGAAACGGGGCUGUUUCUUCCCGAUGACUUCGGCCCGUCGUUAUACCCACUCGACACUGCUGAGAUCCCUGCAGACACGGCGACACAUCUCAAGUCAGUGCAGCGCGAAUCACCGCUCGCGACCGCCGGGAUCGCCGCCGCUUUCGAUCGAAGCAAGUCGUUACGCACGAAGUACGGCAUAUGUACCGUCUACCGCUGUCAAUUCACCUCUAUCGACAACGAAGCAGUAGUAUCGUCGCCAACGUUGUGUCUCAAGCUAUUCGACGACCGGUUCCAGCCUUUGCAGAGUCCAUACGACAGUGACGCGGACUUCGACGAACACCACGAGCAUAUUGUUCAGUGGUUUGACGGACUUUGCUCUUCUGAGACGUACGCUCUUAACGAGGGUUUUGCGUAUAAAAAGCUUCGGCCUGUACAAGGGUCGAUCGUUCCUUGGUUUUAUGGCAUGCACCAGUUCACACUGCCUAGCGGGAUAGUGCUGUACGGCCUACUGAUGGAGUACAUCGAAGGCUGGGCACUGAACUCGGACUUCGUGCGGAAUCUGAGCGCUGACAGGCAAAUCAACAUGAUCCGAAGCUGCCGACAUGGAGCCCGCAUCCUGGACCUUGCCGACGUCAGUCAACGUGACUGGCACCAAGGUCAGAUCAUCCUUACCCAGAAACCCGGCACCAACAUCGAUCAUGCCAUACUGAUCGACUUCGCUUCGACGACCCAAACAUGGGUGCCCCACAGACCCAACUAUAUUGCAAACUACUUUGGUGUUUUGCACGUCUUGUUGGGCAGGCAGGGAGACGUUGCGCUGGAUUCGAAGCUCGUGUGGGAGCACUUCGGAAAGCCCGAUGAAUGGGACACAACGUGGGCAUCUAUUCCUACGGUUCCGAACGGGACAGAGUUCAGGCAAGUGGAACCCGCAAAUUUGUUUCCGUUCAUUUCUUCUGCCUGAGUAGAUGAUAUGUAACACUGAAUACGUCGUUUGCUGCUCUUGGAGCCUCCACUCACUGAAUACACGGAUGGUUCUCAUCUAA